AUGAUGUCUUAUCUCAAGCAGAGCCCGUACGGGAUCAACGGCCUGGGCCUGGGCGGAGCCGGCAUGGACCUGCUGCACCCGUCCGUGGGCUACCCCGGUCACCCGCGCAAGCAGCGACGCGAGCGCACCACGUUCACACGCACGCAGCUGGACAUCCUGGAGUCUCUGUUCAACAAGACGCGCUACCCGGACAUCUUCAUGAGGGAGGAGGUGGCGCUGAAGAUCAACCUGCCCGAGUCCCGAGUGCAGGUGUGGUUUAAGAACAGACGAGCCAAAUGUCGGCAGCAGCAGCAGAGCAGCAACAGCUCCAAGGUCAAACCCGUGAAGAAGAAGUCGUCCCCGACCAGAGAGAGCACCGGUUCUGAGAGCAGCGGCCAGUUCACGCCGCCGCCACCGCCGCCGGCGUCCAGCGCCUCCUCCGCCUCGUCCUCGUCCUCGUCCGUCUCCUCCGGUCUCGGCGGUCCCGGUCUCCUCAGCAGCUCGUCCUCCGUCUCCGCCCCGGUGUCUUCCAUCUGGAGCCCGGCGCCCAUCUCCCCGGCGCCGGCCCUGGCCACGCUACCCGACCCAGCGGCGCCCACCAGCGCCUCCUGCAUGCAGCGCUCGUCCUCCGCCAGCGGGGGGGCGCCCUCCUACCCGGUGUCCUACGGCCAGACGGCGGCGGCGUACGGCCAGGGCUACCCGGCCUCGGCAUCAGGCUCCUACUUCGGUGGCGUGGAGUGCGGCUCCUACCUGUCGCCCAUGCACUCCCACCACCACCACCCGCACCACCCCCACCAGCUCAGCCCCAUGACGGGCGGCUCCAUGUCAGGACACGCCCACCACCACAUCGGCCAGACCUCGGGGCACCACCACCACCACCACCACCACCCGCCGCACCACCAGGCGUACAGCGCGCCCGGCCUGGCCUUCAACGCCACAGACUGUCUGGAUUACAAAGAGCAGACGGCCACGUCGGCAUGGAAACUCAACUUCAACGCCUCCGACUGUCUGGACUACAAGGACCAGGCGUCAUGGCGUUUCCAGGUGCUGUGA